GGGCGUACGUGAUGACGUCAGAGCAUAUGACGCGGUUUGUCAGUCUCCCAGGCAGCAGAUGAGACCGUUUGGCGAAGAUGGCGGACUCGCUGUCGUCAGGUCUGGGAGAGGAGAAAGAGAAGGAGAAGGAGGACAGGGAGUGGAACAGAAAGACGGCCAAAACGGAGAGAAACAAGGAGAAAGACGGACUCACGGAGACGCUGAGUACAAACGAUAAAAAUGGCGGUAGCAUGGGCAAGAAACGCAACCUGUCAGGUGAGAGCUAGCAACAGAGCCAGUUUGAGUGUGAGCUGGCUGCCUGUGUGAGUGUUUGUUUGUUAAGCUUCUGGUAAACAUGUAUUUAGUUGAAUUACAGUGGUAGUGCAAUGCGAGUCUAUUUACGUGUAACAGCGAAGUUGCAUCAACACGCGGUUUGGGUGAAGUAUUUGCAGCUUUGGUCGCUGCUCCGAGUUUUCACUGAAUGUUAACUCAGCUACUGCUUUUUGAAGAUAGAGCCGAAGUUCAAUGCAUUUAUGUUUCUACCGGUAGACUGUGCAAAGGUUUAAUGUCCAGAUUUAGAAGUCACGACUGUCAGCAAAAUAGCACUGCAGCCAGUUAUCAUACCGGAGUGUAAAUAGGCCACUUCUCUGGCAGUAGUAGUAAGACGUGCAGUUCAAUGCGCAUGCGCACUAGCCCAGCUUGUGAGCGGGUACAUACUGUUUUUGGCCAGAACUCUUGGGGCACCUGUAUGCAGUUACUCUUAUGAGCCCUUCAUCGUCGGAUUUAUGUUGUCAGGGGCGGAUCCAGAGUCGUAGCAUGGGUUGCUUGGCCACCCUUGAAAACAGGUUUGCCACCCUGGGUCCCACCCAAAAGUCCCAAACUUUGACUAUUGCAACUGGCCAAACAACUUUCCUUUUAUUGAAAAUGUGGCACAUUUCCUUUUGUUAGAACUUCGUAUUAUGUUGUCAGUGUCUUAACCAAGGUAAGAGAUUAGGGGAUUCAACUUUGUUAUGUUUUCUUUGAGUACAGUCAAUACAUAAACUCUGCAAUGAAACGUUUUCUGAUCUAAGUAGAGAUUAUAAUAAUAUAAUAACUUCUUUAUAUAGCUCUUUUAAAAACAGAAGUUUGCUUUGACAACAGUUGCAAAGUACAGAAGAACAUCAGCACAUAAAAAUAAAAACAAAAGCUCAGUUAAAAACAAGGCCUCCGGAUUGAAGGCCAAUUAAAUUUUUUUAUAAGAAACCCAAGGCAAUACAAGAACCCUACAGCAUAAAAUGAGACCAUGAAGAAGACAUUUUCUUUCCCCUCCAAGACAAGGUUUUGGGCAUUUCAUUCUGGGAAAGGACAACGUGCAGCAAAGGGUCAUGGCCUGGAGUGAAACCAACAACUGCUGCAUCAGAGGACUGCAGCUUUAAUAUACAGGGCAUGAAGAAAUGAAACAUAUGUGGGUCCAGAGUCAGACUUGAAUUUUGACUGACAAGGUCUAAAUGGUCCAAAUGGGGCAGUGAAAUACAAAGGUGGCAUAAAGUAUGAAUGCACUUUAGAUAUUUAGAUUGAUCACAACAGGAAAAGCUCAGAUUUUACAUACAGAGGCAACAGAAAGGCUCUAUUUUUUUCAACUGGUCCAGUCAGCCAACUUCUGCUGUGAUAGUUUUGAUAUUUACAACUUUGCUUCACUCCAUUUGAUGCUACAAAGCCAGCGAUAUUGUAACUUUUUUCUACUUUAUGAGUCAAUUUUGAACCAUAAACCUUGCACUUCAGUUUGAGAAGCCUUGACAAAUCCUUUCAGGGUGACUCCUGUGGCCAGGUAAACUUCCAUUCAAACCCCACUGUCCCAUUUAAGGAUACAGUGGAUAUAAAAACUCUACACACCCCUGUUCAACUGCCAGGUUUUCGUGAUGUAAGAAAAUGACAGCAAGAUAAAUAUUUCCACAACUUUUUCUACCUUUAAUGAGACCUAUAACCUGUACAACGCAAUUGAAAAACAAACUGAAACCUUUAAGGGGAAAAAUAAAAAAUAGAAAAGUUAAAAUGACCUGGUUGCAUAAAUAUGCACACCCUUAAACUAAUACUUUGUUGCAGCACCUUUUGGCUUUUAUUACAACACUCAGUCUUUUUGGGCAGGAGGCUAUUAGCGUGGCACAUCUUGAUGUGGCAAUAUUUGCCCACUCUUCUUUGCAAAACCGCUCCGAAUCUAACAGAUUGAGAUGGCAUGGCCAAAGUCUCAAUCUGAUACCAGUGAAGCCAUUCUUUUGUUGAUUUAGAUUUGUGCUUUGGGUCAUUGUCGUGCUGAAAGAUGAAGUUCCUCUUCAUCUUCAGCUUUCUAGCAGAAGGCCGAAGGUUUUGUGCCAACACUGACUGGUAUUUGGAACUGUUCAUAAUUCCCUCCACUCUGACUAAGGCACCAGUUCCAAAAACAGCCCCAGAACAUGAUGCCGCCACAACCAUGCUUCACUGUAGGUAUGGUGUUCUUUUGGCGAUGAGCAGUGUUGAUUUUGUGCCAAAUAUACUUUUUGCAAUAAUGCCCAAAAAGUUCAACUUUGGUUUCAUCAGACCAUAAGACAAGAUAUGCCCGAGAGUAGAAAACAAUGCAAAAACUGACAUUUUUGCACUGUUAUGUAAUAGUUUUCACAGCCUGAGAAGUAUUCCACAGCCUAAUCAACAAACUAUGAUAGUGUGGUUAGCCCUUCCUUUUGAACCUUAAUGGCAAAAGAUACAAUAAAACCUCAGGGAGUCAUGUGCUUUAAACUCUGUGGCAACAGUUUCAGCCCAGCCCUUUUAUGCAUCAACUUUUAAAAGCCCCUGUGCAUGAAGUUAAGUUCAUAAAGUCAUGCUUUUUUCAAGAUAAGGCUAGAAGAGCCGUAUCGACCUGCACAAAGCCGUGACCUCAACGCAUUCCUUCCCCUUUGGGAUUUCAACUCUAACUGUAAGCUCGGCUUUAUCAGGCAGCAUCAGUGACCGGUCUCACUAAUGUCCUUUGCUCUGUAUGAGAACAAAUCCCGACCGCCAGGCUCCAAAAUCACUCAGACAACUUUCUCAGAAAUGUAAAGACCACUGUCGUUUAGCUGCUGAUUAAUAUUCUCUGUAUGGAAUGUUACAUAAUAAAAUGCAGAUGGAUGACAAACUAAAGGAUGGAGAAACAAAAUUUGGUGCCUUUGUAAGUUGCUUGGCUUUCAUGUACUGCCAGAAUUAGCUUCAGUGUACUUUGGCAGUAAUUCUGCUCACGCUUUUUGAUACAGAUAUCCUGCAAUAUAUCAAAAAGAAGAUCUGCCAUUGUAACACAAUAUAAGUGAACUACUAAUUUGGGACUACCUCUGCUGGAGACCAAGUUUAAACAACAUCUGCCAUUCUGUCUUUCUAGUUAUAUGCAAAUCAGAGCAUCAGGGUAACGUUUUCCCUCAAACACCAUUCUCUAAAGUGUGCUACCUUGUUCUUCUGUAGAUAACUUAAGGUGUCAGGAGUUCAGGCUGCUUCUUUAAUUUGUUCAUCAAUGUGUGCUUUUCAUUUGUGCACAGGUAAUCGACCCUACAGUGAAGGUAUUAUAUCAAUGCAAAUUUAAAAUCCAAAUGCAUGCUUUAUUAUUAACUGAGGAGUCCCCUGAGUUUGCAGUGAAAUGCAGAGUAAAGACGCCAUCAAAGCUUCGAGGCUGAGGUUAUUUUUAUCUCUAAGGUGUGUGUCUAUUUGAGACAGGAAGGAUCUUCAUCAUCCCCUGAAUUCUCUGUAGAUUAUCUGGACAGUUGCUCUCAGCUUGAAUAAAAGCCGGCUGAUCUUGUUCAUAAAGAAUGAGAGAAGACUGUGGAGCAUAAAGUUCUCUAUGUCCUUCUUUUCUGAAUCUAGACCUUUCCCUGGUCCGAUUCAUAACCACUGAGCUGACCAGAGGCUACUUCCUGGAACACAAUGAGGCCAAAUAUACAGAGCGCAGAGAGAGGGUCUACACCUGCCUCCGCAUCCCUAAGGAGCUUGAGAAGGUAAAACACUCGAGUAAAACACUUUGGUGAAACUUUGUCAUAAGUCAUGGUUAAAUUGAACCCCUCUCAUUUUCCCUCUUCAGUUGAUGACCUUCGGCUUCUUCCUCUGUCUGGAUGCUUUUCUCUACGUGUUCACCCUGCUGCCCCUCAGGGUGAUUCUGGCCCUUUUACGGCUCCUUACGUUGCCUUGCUGUGGUCUCGGGUAAAGUAUGGUCUUCUUAUUCUGGAUAGAAAUUGAAAUAAAUCCCCGAUCUUUUAGCUCAUGAAUGAAAAAUAUUAAAAUAAUAAUGUAAACCAUCUAUUGUCUGUUAAAUAUCCAAAUCAGAACACGUCUGCUACAAUAUGAUUGAAAACACAUUUUAAUUUCAACAAGUGUUAUUUGUUGUAAAGCUCUUGUGCUGUGUAGGGAUGUUGUCAAUAUGUAAAUUCCUGAAAAGUAAUUCAUUUUCAGCGUUUCAGACUCUUUUUUCGUUAAAUAAUUGAGCUGUAAAAUAGGAGUAAGGGCAUUAUAAGGAUACCAGGAUCUAAUUCGAGUUUAUGCCUAGGCAGCACCAAUUUCUUACAUAUAAGAAAUAGGAACCAUCAGAUGAAAAAACAUGUUCAAUGAUGUGAGAGACUUUUCUGAGAUCACAGAUGAUUUUCUUUAGUUCGGUGUGACCGGCUGAAUGUUUUCUCUCUAAAUAGAAAUGUUCCCGUCCUCUGCUCUUAUAGCAGUCAGACUUUUUUCUGUUUCAUUUUUUAGACCAACAGUUUGACCAUUUGUUCUCAAAUAUUCUAAUAUUGGGCAGAAUAGUUUUUAUAGACUAACUUAUAUAUAUAAAGGUUUGACAAACACCUCCUCAUGUUCAAUUUUGCAUUCUUGACAGCUGUCAUUAGCGCAGUACUGUUCUUAACCACUAGAGAGCAGUACAGCCUUCUCUGACUUUCAGGCUUAACCCUGUACUCUAACCUCCUUCUGUUGCUAUGUUCUUCUCAGCCUUAAGAAGAUCUCCAGUUUUCAUUUCCUCUUGUUUCAUAUGUUGUAUCUUUAUAGUGGCUCCCGACUCCUACAGCCAGCCCAGGUGUGUGACGUGCUGAAAGGCUUCAUCAUGGUGCUGUGUUACUCCAUGAUGAGCUAUGUGGAUUAUUCCAUGAUGUACCACCUGAUAAGAGGGCAGUCUGUCAUCAAACUAUACAUCAUAUACAACAUGUUAGAGGUAAAGCAAGAUGACGCUUUCCUAACGUUUAUAACUCUGACCGUUCUGUACAUUUUUCUAACCACUCACUGGCUCUCGUGUCUUCUGUCUGGCUGUCAGGUGGCAGACCGCCUGUUCUCGUCAUUCGGCCAGGACAUACUGGACGCUCUGUACUGGACAGCCACCGAACCAAAGGAGAAGAAGAGAGCGCACAUAGGCGUGAUCCCACACUUCCUUAUGGCUGUGCUCUACGUCUGUAUCCUUGGUCUUUGAUGCUGUGAGAUUAGAGAAAAAGCAAACCUUGAAAUGGGAAAGGAACAUGGCAAAAAAAUUAAUGUUAAUCAGCAGCUUUUUUGAUCAUCUAUACAAAUUUGAGGUAUUAUCAGGUGUCAUAUACAGCUGGAUUUCACAUAUUAAAUGGGGUAUAAAACAGCAGAUAACACAAAAAAGCAAACGAAUAGAAUAACAAAAACAGUUCUCGGGAGUAUAUGGUAAGUAUUUUUUGUGUAUCAAACAAGUGAAAGUAGGUAAACUACAUUUUCAGUCUCCAUUUUUGUGCUGGUUGUGUUCUUGUGAGAUAAGUCAUGAGGUUAAAAUCUCUUCAAUCCAGUUAUGAUGAGUAGGUUGAAUUGUGAGGUACUUUUCGGCAAAGAUAGUGAUUCUGCUUCUCUAUUAAAUUGUACAUGUUGACUUGUCUACAUUUGUUUUUAGCAUUUAUUUUGUUUGUAAAAGAAAAUGACAAGUCAAUACAAAGUUGCAGAUCAAUCUCAUAUCAAAUAUUCAUGUGUUCCCACCUCAUACAGUUUUAUUUCAGAUCAAUACAGCAUGCUUAUUUUUGGGCAAUUUAGUAAGGAACCAACAGCUUUGCGUUAUUCAUUUGUCUUUAGUGUCAUUUUUUCCUCAACAUGCUGGUAUCUAGUUCUCCAUGCUAUUCUCAUCAUGGUUCAGGCCACCACCCUCAAUGUAGCCUUCAACUCGCACAACAAGUCCCUGCUCACUAUCAUGAUGUCAAACAACGUGAGUAUAACGCACACAGACACAUUUAACUGUUUGAAUACAGCAUGAAGCACCGGUUCAGACGGAUUUACGUUUCAUUCUUUUACAGUUUGUGGAAAUCAAAGGAAGUGUGUUCAAGAAGUUUGAAAAGAACAACCUCUUCCAGAUGUCAAACAGCGGUAAGUACUGCAUGAAGCACCAAAAUCAGCCAUUUGUGUGAACAUUUUGUAAUUGAGGUUUUAAACUUGAUGAUUUUUCGUGGAAGGUAAAAUUUAUGGAAAUGAGCUCAGCUGCAGUGAGGACAAAGUAGGUUAAUCCAGGAUUGAUUUGUUUGUUUCCCACAGACAUUAAAGAGAGGUUCACCAACUACAUCCUCCUGCUCAUUGUCUGUCUGAGAAACAUGGAGCAGUUCUCCUGGAAUCCCGGUAACUCAUACAGCGCUGCACUCAGAGCAGAAGCAUUACAUAAACUUACACAGCUGGUUAAUCUAUAGAGCAGUUCAAAGUUACAUCACGCUCUUUACUGGAACAGCCUCAUGUGUUCUCUCAGUUCACCGUCACAGACCCCUGCAGCUAACAUACAGGAUGUUGUCUCUGAUAAGUGCUCUGUUGUGUUUGUUUGUAGACCACCUGUGGGUGCUGUUUCCUGAUGUAGUCAUGGUGAUAGCUUCAGAGGUGGCCGUGGACGUUGUCAAACAUGCCUUCAUCACAAAGUUCAACGACAUCAGUGCUGAUGUGAGUCCUCUCUCCACUGCUUUUAAACCACAUCCUCAGUUAGCAUCUGCCCUUUUAUUCCUCAAUUGUUCUCUUUUUUAAGUUCCUUUUACAAGCUAAAAGCAGCACCAUUAAUAUCAUAACUACAUAAAGUUAUGACAUUCGUCUUCAUUUAGAAUUUUACUCUAAAUAUUGAAAGGUGAAACAGUUAAGUAUCAGAAAGUUGUUAAUAAUGGAUGAUAGUAGUCAAAAUAAUAGUUAAUGCCAUGAGUCAUGUUAGCAGUGAAUUGUCAGUCCAGCCAAAUAAAAUGUCCUCCCACUGUGUUGAUUAUGUUAGCCGUUAGCAAGCAAACCAGCUAAGAUUAGCCAGAUAUGAAACCUGUGCAAUAUGGAACCAGUGUAGGUUACUUUGUAAUGUUAGCAUGUGAAGUAAAUUACUAAGCACAGGCUAGCCAUCAUUUCAACAAGAGAGAUUAGAGAGAGAGCCAUUUCGGCCUGAUUCCUGAAUUAACUGAUGCUAUCCACUCAAGACAGCUCCGUUAGUUGGUUAGCAAUUGGUUUUGUUAAGUUGUUACUAAAGUAAAUAAAGUUUUUACAUUGAAAAAAUACAAAUGAUUCUGAGUAAGGUACUAAAAUAUUUGGCUUCAGUUCUGAUGAUGCUCUUAGAGAUAUAAAUGAAUAGGAAGUACAGCGUUUGAGCCCCGUGUUCAUAUUUACCAGUAUUUAUUCUGGCAAAUUGACACCAUUCAAAGUGUUCUGAAUGAGCUCAUUGGUUUCUGUUUGGUGUGACUUAUUGAUAAUAACUCUCCCUGGCAAAAAAAAAGAAGAAAACUGGAUUGUUCUUAACCAAAAAAAAUGUUAGUGUACAACAACCCCUCUGUCUUAUGUCUCUCCAUUCUGAUCAGAUCAAUAAAUCUAUAUCCCUUUGGAGUUCAUUCAGUUGCUCUGAACAUAUUUCUGUCCCUCCGCUAUGGCCAUGAAAAGCCUCAAAUAUUUUUCUCCACCUUUUCAAAUGCCUUUCAUAUUGUGUAGGAUUUGUAAACACAUGUGUAAUCCAUUGCAGAUUUGAAGAAGCACUUGUUGCUGAAACCAUGAACUCUUCCUAUUUUGAACAUGAUUGUGGUCCAAGCGUCAAAAGACUGGUGGUAUUGUCUUGGCUGCUAAAACCAGAAUUUAUAAAAUGAAUGAGUACAUGGGCAAAAAUUAAGUCAGUUUUGAGUAAUUUUUGAUUUAAUGCCAAGCCCCAACCAAUACUAAUAGGUUUUGAUUGUUUUUUGGUUGUUGCACCUUCCAUAAAGUGAUGAAGACAGGUAGAAGUAGUCAAAGGCCCGGGUAAAAAUGAGCAAGAAACUCAUUUGUAGCUUGUAGUGAUUGAAUAUUCAAGCUGAGCACAUUUGAUUGCAUCUCUUUUUGGUCCUUCUAGUUUCACAUACGUCUCUCUUCCUUGCCGUCUCACUUAUCCACACUUACACCAGCCCAAUGUCAGUCAGGCCAUUGUCUUUUAUUUCAUCAUGACUUUGUCUGCUCCGCCCCUCACCCCCACCCCACCCCAAUCCCACCUCCCCGGAUCGUCUCUUUCUCUUUGAUUUCGUUCAACAAGUUGAGGGUUAUGCAACACAAACCAGAUUUCCCACAGGAAAGGAUUAACCCCUUUAUCUCCAAACUGUCACAUGUAAUCACACAAACCUCAUUUGCAGGUAGUGAAGGUUCAAGCACUUGUGUAGUCAUGCUUGCCUACAUUUAAUCCUCUUUGAUUAAAAUUUAUUACAAUACUGUGCCUGUACUGUACAUUAACACACCUCAAUAAAUAGGAAAAAUGAAUGUUAUGCAGUGAAAAGGCUAAAAGGCCCAGUGCCAGCUUUAGUUUGGCAGAGGAAAUCAGUUAACUUUUUUGCAGAUACCCUUCACUUCAGUCAAUCUGUGUCAAAUUUGAUGAAUGUUUUUCUGUUUGGUGAAUCAAUGUUGUUCAAUCAAUGUUACUCUGGGUGACUUUUCCAGGUUUAUGGAGAAUACAGAGCCAGCCUGGCAUUUGACCUUGUCAGCAGUCGUCAGAAAAAUGUGAGUAAAACAUUUUUAAACAUGAGACCAGAGUUGUCAGCGGGGUUUCCUCAAGCUGUCCACUGCCAGAUUCAAUUUGUAGUCAUAGUGAUUUUUAUAAAAUGUAGACUUGAAACAAUGAGAUCUAUCGAGAGGUAAGAUGGGGUUGCCAAGAUCACAUCACUCUGUUGUUGAGAGCUGUUUUUGAGAAACAGCCUUUAUUUUUCUCCGUCCUUGAAAGCUAUGGCUUGUUUAACACUGUGAUGUACUACCAUGCACUGAAUAUGUCUAUCAUGUGUCUGUAGGCUUACACAGACUACAGUGACUCUGUAUCCAGAAGAAUGGGCUUCAUACCACUUCCUUUAGCCCUGCUGGUGUGUAACUUUUUAUGAAGUUGUGUGUUGUUAUCAAAGUUGUAAAUACUCUUAUUCUGACUUUACAAAUGUUACAUUUCAAGACAACUAUUUGUUUCUUUUUUCAGUUGAUAAGAGUGGUGACCAGCUCAGUGAAGAUCCAGGGCUCUCUUUCCUUUAUGUGUGUGCUCCUGUUCUACCUGGGGUAAAUAUACAGACGUGUUUUCUGAUAUUUUAAUGCACCUUGGCAGGUAAACUUUUCUGUGUAUCUUGUUGUUUACAUGCUCCUUUUUAAUGUAUGUUUUCAUUGUAUGUGUGUUUUCUGAGCAGGAUGAUCACCUUGAAGGUGCUCAACAGUAUUGUCCUGCUGGGGAGGUCUUGUGUUUUUGUCAAAGAGGCCAACAUGGAAGAAAAACUCUUUGACCCUCCGCCCUCAGCUGUCUCCAGCCGUGUCAACUCCAGAGCUCAUCGCACCAAACACGUCCACAUUGUUCCACAGCAAGGUAGAAAUUACUUUAUGAACCUGCCUGUCUGCCUGCUCCAAAUACGCUUCUUAAAGCCUGAAAAUAAAUCUUUUGAGAAACAUAAUAUUAAAGUUACAAUGUAAGAUAUUUUCUAUUAAAUUUUGAAAAAGAAAUGUCCACUGAGGAGGUUUUCAACACCACAAGGGGGAGGUGUUUGCUCUAAUUCCUUUAGUUCUAAUGUGGUAGGCAGCAUGUACUGUAUAAUCUCUAUGCUCCUCUGUUUGUUAUAACACACUCUGUCUCUUUCCCAAAAAUAGAACAAACAGCAGAUAAAGGAGGAAUAUCACUGGCAUCACACUUAACUCAGACUGCCAACACGGCAGAGAGCACCGCCCCCACGCUCCCCAAGAGCGACUCUGACACGUUCCUGACCACGCCAGACGACGAGGAUGAUGACAAAAUCAUCAACGUAGACACUGGACUGGAAGGAGGACUUGAACACAGAACGCAAAAGAAAGAUUUACUAGAAAUAGACCGCUUCACCAUCUGUGGCAACCGGAUAGACUGAAAGCCAUAUAAAUAAAGCAGUCAGGGUCCUGUCUAAACAGUGAGGUUUAGGGUUCAGACACGGGUCAUGGAGCGUGCUCAGACCAGAUGGAUUUUUGUGUGCCCGACUCCUGGAGUAUUUAUUUAUUUAUUACUGACAGAACCAGCCAAGGCAUUAAGCUGUUACUACAAGCCUCAGAGGUCGCUUCAGAUGUCUCCAUCUGUUCAAGUCAGUGCCCAGUAACCAGGUAGACUCCAGAGGAUGGGAUUUGGGUGUCAUGGCCACCUGCAAACUCGGUGAGGCUGAAGAUGGGGGACAACUGGUACGCACUGCUAGAGGAAAGCACGAACUGAGAGAUGUGAAAGUUGUACUUGUAGGUGGCUGUGUGAUCAAAGGAACAUGACAGCUGGACUGUGAGAGUGUGUGUUCAAAGCACAAUCAUAUCUACAGCGCAGAGUUGUUUUUAGAGAGAACAAUACUUGUCAACUUUUGUACUUUUUUAUUUUAAAACCCUAAAAAAAAAUUCUUAUAUUUUAAAUAAUGUUUUUAUGAAAAAUUUGGGAUUUUUUUCCAGACUGAGUUCAGCUGCAGGUCUAAGACUCAAAAUCAUGUCAAUACAUAAUGGAAAUCUCAUAAUCUUUCAGCAGACAAACACCAUAACAUACCGGAAAAGCUCUGUUCAAAUCGAGUUGAUGUGAAGAGCCCAGGGUUUCAAAACUUUUACAGGUGGCAGCAGUUACACCAAGAACAGCUUGAGUACAAUGUUACCAGAUGAUCUGCUCAGUGAUCUGCAACAAUGACGUUAUCUUUUUUUAGGCAAAUGUAACAGGAUGGAAAUUUGAAUAUUGUGCUGUUUGUGUUGAUAUUGUUACUUUAAAGCACUGAGGUAAAUGGUGUUUAUGCUUUGAAAGCACCCCUAUUUAUUUUGAGGUAGACUCUAAGCCAGACAAGUUUUGGAGGAUAUUUCAUUACUAUUGAUCUUUUUUUUUUUCUUAACUUUGAUAUACUUCAUUUGUACUGCCGUACAAGCAUGUAGCCCACAGGUUACCAUGAUGACACCACUGCAUUCAUGGUCUUAGAAAUUUGGUCCAUGAGAUUUGCAAUUACAUGACAUAGUGACAUUAAUUAUUAAGAGUCACAUAAAACUGAUCAAGUUUACACGUAUGUAGCUGCCUAUUCACAAAAAAGCAGAAAAACAGCUGUUAGCAGGAAACAAGAUGGAGAGUCAUAACAGCACUAUGACCUCAUGCCAGCAGCAGGAACAGCUGUCUUUUGGUGGAAAUUGGAAAAUCAUAUUUGAUCCCAUAAGAUUUCAGGCAGUAUUUGGUGUGAUCAGCUGUAGGCUUCGAUUGUCAGCGCCUUUUAAAAUGCUUCUGUACCAAACAGCCUGAAGAUGCUGUGAAAUCUGCUUGACAAAUGAGGUGGAUCAUUUGUUAUUACUCUGGUUUGAGGUGCCAGGAAUUAUGCAUCCUGUGCAAAAGCUUGGAAGGGGGCUGCAUCUUACCAUAUUUUUAUCAUCCAAUAUUGUUAAGUAUGUUUUAAUAGUGUUUUUUUUGUUUGUUUUCCAGAAGGCAAAGUGAACCCUGCAGUAGUUCUUUUGUCCACCCAACAGCCCAAACCACUAAACACUCUUCAUUUAUCAUAACAAAUGACACAAAGAGCUGCCGAUCUUUACGCUUAAGAAGCUGCAACCUAUGUGAGCUUGAAAAAUGUAACAAAUAGAGUAUUCUUGGAAUAUUUGGCAAAUACUUAAUUCUGAUUUCUCAGAGGACUGAAUAACGUGACUGUAUUAAAUUAGCUCCAAUUUUGCCCGAACAUGCAUUUGAAAUAUCUUUCAGCUACAGAAUGAUAGUUCAACCAGUUUCCCAAGUUUAGAUUAUUUUUUGCCCUCAAUUCUGACAAGUUGAGUAGCCCACGAUAACAUGCUAUGAACAAAAAUGGAGGAUUUAGUGGUCUGCUUUUUGUCCAUGUAACUGAUUUGAAUUUUUAUACAGAAAUAAGUUUACUAUUUAACGAGCAAGGAGAGAACUCAGUUAAAGUUACCUGGAAAAAUGAGUUGCAACUUCAGAGGAAAACAAGUAAAAAGAAACAGUGAGAGCUACAUAGGAUCAAAACUGAGCAGAUACCCCUCCACCCUGCACACUCACUUUCUAAAGGUGCAGAGUAUGGCAGGCACAGUGAGGAGUUGAGUCAAACUUCCUGUUGGAUAGACAAGUAAAAGAAUAACUGCAGCCUUGUGAUGGGAGGCAUAAGAUUAUGGAUGCAACAAGUGUUUGUGGAAGUGUGUUAGAGAGAUAAUUUGCACUGCAUGGAUGAAUCUCACUUCCAAAACACAUACUUCAUGUAUGAUCUUAUAUACCCUUGUUUUUAUUUUUCAUGUGCAACCCAUCUCUAUGUACUACAUCUCCUACAUGGCAGAGGGAGAAUAAAACAAGGUAUUUGUUUUGUAAUCCUU